UAUAUGUUCGAUUAGCGUGGUGCGCUGUAGUCGGUAGAAACAGGUAGAAAGACACGAGGAGUCGCGGCGCUCCCGGGUUUGUGGCUUGUGCACAUCAGUGUUGUGUUUUUACCAGUAAAAUCACUGCAAAGAGAUCAGUUGAAUUCCGUCAACAUGACGAGCGAAUCGGAAUCUGAAUACAAUUCUUCGGACGAAGAACUGCGGGAAGCAUUUGCCAAAGGACUGUUGAAGCCAGGAUUGAACGUUGUCGAGGAGAGCAAAAGGGAUUACAAAAACAAUGUGCGUGGAAUGAACAGCAAGUUGGAAGAGUUUCGUCAAAAACUACCAUGGAUUGAAAGGCUUGUCUUGAUUAAUGCUCCAGCUCCAUUAGCUCCAGAGCUUGCUCUUCAAAUGCAUGAACAAGAAGCUCGUCGUGCCAGACAACUGAAAGGCAAUAGGAAACUGCCCCAAUUCAGUCCAUCCGAAGAUCCAGUUUUAAAUGAUUUUAGAAGAGAGACUAUGUUUCACAGACAAGCACAAAGCGCAGUGGUUGAAGGAAUAGCUAGGCUGAAGUCACUGAAUAUUCUUACUAAGAGGCCUGAAGAUUACUAUGCAGAGAUGGCUAAAACUGACAAGCACAUGGAGAAGGUUAAAGAAAACCUUGUGAAAAAACAAGUAGAAGCUCAACGUUCUGAAAAGGUGAGACAGUUAAGACAGCAGCGUAAAGUUUCAAAACAAAUGCAAGUAGAAGCUACAUUGAAGAAGCAUGCUGAGAAAAGGAAAUUAAUGGAAGAGGUCAAGAAAUACCGCAAAGGUAUCAGGCAAGAUCUUGACUUCUUGGAUGACAAGAAGAAAUCAGCUCCCAAAGGAAAAGAUGGCAAAUCUUUGAGCAAAAAAGCCUUAGAGAAGAGGAAUAUGAAGAAUUCUAAAUUUGGUUUUGGAGGUAAAAAGCGAGGCUCAAAGAAAAAUACCAGAGACAGUGCAGCAGAUAUGUCAGAGUACAAAAGACCUGGUAAACCUGGAAAGCCUGGAUCAAGGCCUACAAAAGGAGGCAAGGCAGCAAAAUUCAACAACAAAGGAAGACCAGAGAAGCAAAGACCUGGCAAAAAUAGAAGAGUGCAAAUGAAAGCAAAACGAAAAUAAUUGUAACAAAGAUUAGAUUAUUGCGAUUGAUUGGUGAGAAUGACUGAUGAAUGAGUAUGCACUGAGCAUUUUUCAUUAAUGAAUUGUUAUUUAUAUGGUUUGAAUCAUACUGAAGUAAUCUAUUUUUCCAUAGAUUAAAUGCUUCAGUGUUUACAAAAAAUUUUACUUUGUAUAACUUUCAAUUUGUUAUAUCACUUUUUAUACGGAUAAAAAUAGUACUUUACUAUUUGUUUAAAAUAACAUUUAAGCAGAGAUAAGUUAAUCUUGUACAUACAUUAUAAGAAAAUGGAAAAUAAACAAUGUAUUUUCUUGAACGAUUCUUUGAAAAAUGUUCUUUUAAAACAAUUACUUAGUUCAUUUUUCUCUCUGCCAAAGCAAACAUUUAAUAUAUUCUGUUAAACAGUCCAUGUUACCAUAGUGUGUUAUUUUAUCGACUGAGUUUUUGGAGCAAUGUGUUCAUAUAGAUUUCAAAUGAUGGCGCCUCUGAAAAUAUGCAAAUUAGUUUGCUGGUCGCCGGUACACGAUAUGCACUGUAAAAAGCAAAAUUGAAAGUUAUUGCAAUAAGAUUUUUUGAAAAUUUGUUGAUUGGUAGAUACGACAAUGAAGAUAGCCGGCCUAUAUAUCUUACUAUUUCUUUUGGAGUAACACGAUACGUUAUAGAUAAAAGCAGAUAAUAAAUUUGACAAAACUUCAA